GGAGGACAGAGGAACACUCCACUGGUUUAACUGGAGGACAGAGGGACACUCCACUGUUUUAACUGGAGGACAGAGGGUCUCUGCAGUGACCCUGCAGGCCGCUGGACGGCGCUGCAGACUUCAGGGCCGGAAGUGGAUCUGUCGGUGGUUCCGGGUCGGUCACCGUGUUUGGUGGUGUUUGGUGGUGUUUGUGUGGGAGCAGAAGCCACCGAGUCCUCCGGUCUCUCUCUGCUCAGUCCCGCUGUGACUUCCAGCUGCUGAGAUGUACCGAGCACCGGGCAGAGCUCAGCGGAGUCCCGGCGCUCCGCGGCCGGCGGAGAGGUUUCCCUCCCCGGCCUCCUGCUGGGCUUUCCCCGGGGCUCGCUCCCCCUACGGAGGACCAGCGUGGGGCGCGUCCUCCCCGCAGCCUCAGCUCCCGUCUCCGGGUUCCUCGGGGUACAGGGACGGCUCUCCGUCCGGGUUCGGAGGACAGAGCCGGGGGUUCGGAGGACAGAGCCGGGGGUUCGGAGGACAGAGCCGGGGGUUCGGAGGACAGAGCCGGGGCAGAGGCGACGGUUCCCGGAGACCUCAGUCCUUCAGUCCCGCCUCAGCUCAGGUAAAGGGUCGGGAAGGUGAAUCUGUGGAGAAAUAUUUCAGUCCGUCGAUGCUGCAGGAUCCCUGGGAAGCUCUUCAGCCCGUUGCAGCCAGACAGACGUCCUGAAAGGAAACACCAACAAACAAGAGACACUAAACUACAGCAGGAAGCAACAUAACAGCUACAGAUGGUCUGUCCGGAACAAUAACACAAACAGCUGUCAGAAUAAAAGCUUUCAAAGUCCCUUCAGCUGCUUUCAUUGUGUCUAAAGAAGAAAUGAGACCUGUCAUUGAUUUAUGGACACAUUCUCCCCGGGCUCAUGCACACGCUGACAUCUGUCUAGUGUUUUUAAAACGUUCUACACAUGUGGUUCAACAUCGUCAUCAAUCAUAUCCUGAGUUUGUACUGAUCAGAAGAACUGUUUAGGAUUUAGAGAUAGAUUUGCAUUUGUGGUUCCCUUAGUGGUGGCUUUGAAGGAACCGUUCCGGGAGCUUCAGGUUCUCUUGAGAACAAAUCCUGCACAUCCCGUUGUGUAUCUUGUGUUUUUGGUCAUUAAUAAAAAAGCGCCACCAUGUGGU